AUGAGAAAUUUAUUAAAUCUGGCCAGGGACGUAAACUUUGCCGUUGAAUUCAACAGCGUCAAAUGGACUAUAACCAGACAAAGUUGUUUGAAGCCAAUGGAAGGAAUGUUUGAUCUGGAGAUGGCUCUGUCCAUGACAACUAUGGAGGAGAACUAUAUCCAGACAAAGUUGUUUGAAGCCAAGACUUUGAACCAGAAUCAACUGAGUGAAAUGCCGAUGGUGGAAGCAGUGGGAGACUGCAUCAUUUGCAUGGAAGUUUUCGAGUCCGGCGUUGGGGGUAAAAAAGUUCCAUCUGGGCACGUCUUCCAUUCAUCUUGUAUAGCUCAGUGGCUCUCCGAUCACAAUUCUUGUCCUCUUUGCCGAUCCACAGUUCUCACUGCCACCUAA